AUGGAGAAUCCGAGCCUUCCACUCUGUGUUUUUGCAGACAGAGAAGAACCUGUUGGUGACCGUGUUAAUUGCUAUUUCAAGUUGAACAUCGUUAGGGUUGUUCUCCGUGCUCUCCAACCGGAAGAGCUUGACCUUAGAGAGUUCGGAGUAGUGACUGGUCUUAGGUGUAGCCCCAUUCCUCAAAUUGAUCAGGAUACUCUAAUAAUUGGUGAUGGUACUGAUCCGGAAUCCGGAGAUGAAGAAAGUCGUCCCGUUAUUGCCUUAAAACUCGAAAAACUAUGGGAACUUGAUGAGGAAGACACGAUGUUGGUUUUGUUACCAUUUAGGCGAGAUGGCGAGACAGAUGAUUAUAGCUGGGCUGAUGAAGGUGAUGAUACUUCAGUCGCACACAUGGAGAAGCUAAUUAAUGAUGGUGUUAUUUUCUCAUGUGACAUGUUUGAAGGUGGACAAAGAGGAUAUGGAGCACCUGCUGCUCCAAAUAGCAAGAAUCCUGGUAAAGCAAAGAGGAAAGGGGAAUCUAAAUCAUGUUUGGAUGAAAGUGAAUUGGUUGGAUCUUCUAGAACCAAGAAGGCCCGGCUACACUGUUCGCGUGAUCGACCUAUUUCUUCUGAUGCCAAAUCUAAGAUACUAGAGGUUGUUUCAUGUCAGAUUAAGGUUGUAAUGUCUGAGUGUAAGACCAUGAUUGCAAACAGUGUUCAUUCUGGUUUUCAGCAUGUUGAGUCCCGCCUUGAUAUGAAAUUGGAGAAAGUCGUCCCUUCAUUGGUCAGGGAUUGUUUGAAAUCUAAGGACGCUGAUGAAGUAGUUAAAGAAGUUUUGAAAAUUUUUCGUUCCUGUGAUGGUGUUUUUGAUGAACCUGGAGAAAAUGUUCCUGAGGGAUCAGCAGUUGGUGAUAAGAAAUCUCCGAAGAAGCCGAUGGAGGUAGAUGGUGAUAUUACUUCGGAUGAUGAUUUAUGUACUGGUAACUCUGGGGAUGAUGAUUUAUGUACUGGUAACCCUGUUGUGCCUGAGUCAGCUCCGGUUCAGAAAAUGGAUUUUUAUUGCUGUAACGCUGUACAUAUAUUGAUGGAGCUUGACUUUGGUGCUAGUCGUUAUUUGAAGGAUGGUGAUCUUUUAACCAUUCCGAUAUCUAUUGAUCCAUGUGUGAUGGACUCAUGUGUGAUGGUUAUGAGGGAUGUAAUUCUUAGUGGUCCAAACUUAACUUCUAAUGUUAGAGCAAACAUCUUACACUGUGGCUUUGUUGUGUCUCUUGCGAAGCAGUUAUCUAAAUUUAAGAAGAUUUCUCGUAAAGAUUCUUUUGAGUUUGACCCAGAUUUUGUUGAUGUUGUACGCAUAAGGAUGAAGGAGACUGAGAAGCAAUGGAUUAAGGACAUUGACUCAAUCUAUUUUCCAUUUAACAUUGACCGCACCCGUUGGGUUGGUGUUUCCAUUGAAUUUUUCUCCCACCUCAUGACUGUCUUUGAUCCAUCUGCUUCUGAGAUGCGUAGCUCCCAGUUGAAAUCAAAGCUUGACUUUAUUUGCGAGAUGUUCCCGUUUCUUGUACGCAAGAGUUCUGUCAAUAAUGGCAUGAAGAACUUCUCUACUAAAGUUAUUUCUUUCAAAAAGGAUACGUCAGUUGUGCAGGCUUCAUCUCGAGCUGAUACAUGUAUAUUGUCUCUUUUAUUUAUUGAGGCUCAUGUUAUAGGUGGAAUUGACGAGGUUUAUGAAGUCAAAAAAGUGAUCCUCCGGGAGCGGGCGGAGCAGCUUAUUGUUGACAUGUAUGUGCAUUGCUGUGGUGAUAUUGAUCUUAGCGACGUUUAG